AUGUCUGAAUCUACCACUGGUAAAGUAUGUAUUAGCUGAUAAGACUGCAUUUUGCAGAAUGGUAAUGAAUUGGAACGCUCGAGGAACAAUGUGUCCCCAAAGUGUGAUGCAACCUUGGAAGUUACCAUAAUUCGUUACAUUGGCAUGGUGUUGUAUACAAGACUAACAAUGUUGUUUAGACUAUUACAUGUAAGGCUGCAAUUGCCUGGGAAGCAGGUAAACCAUUAACUAUUGAAGAUAUUGAAGUUGCUCCACCAAAGGCCCACGAAGUUCGUAUCAAAAUUUUGCACACCGGUGUGUGUCACACUGAUGCUUACACAUUGAGUGGUGUUGACCCAGAAGGUGCUUUCCCAGUUGUUUUGGGACACGAAGGUGCCGGAAUUGUCGAAAGUGUUGGUGAAGGGGUUGACAGUGUCAAGGUUGGUGAUAGUGUUGUCGCUUUAUACACUCCUGAGUGUAAGGAAUGUAAAUUCUGUAAAUCAGGAAAGACCAACUUAUGUGGUAAGAUCAGAGCCACCCAAGGUAA